CUAAGAAGCCGAAAACCCGCGAGGGCAGAUAUAGAGGUCGAUAGCUUUCUCAUCGUCUCAGAAAAAAGAAUGGGAAGAGAAGACGAGGAGAUCAGAGUAGCGAAGCUGGGGUACAAAGAGGCGGUUCGGGAUGGGAACCACGAGGAAGAAGCGCGGUGGGCGAACGUGAUCGGCGACCUCCUCAAGAGGAGGGGGGAGUACGUUGAGGCUCUGAGGUGGCUCCGAAUCGAUUACGAGGUAUCGGCGAAGUAUCUUCCCCAGAAGCAGCUUCUUGCGACAUGCCAGUCGCUUGGCGAGGUCUACCUCCGGCUACAGCGCUUCAAAGAAGCACUCCACUAUCAGAAAAAGCAUCUGGAGCUUGCCAAUGAUUCUGAUGACGUUAUUGAACAACAGAGAGCAAGCACACAACUAGGCCGAACUUACCACGAAAUGUUUUUAAAAUCAGAAAGCGAUCACCAUGCAGUAAGAAGUGCCAAGAAAUACUUCAAGUUGGCUAUGAAACUGGCACGGUCUCUCAAGGAAAAUCCUCCCUCCAAAACAAAUUGUUUCUUUAUGAAAGAAUAUAUCGAUGCACACAAUAAUAUUGGUAUGCUUGAAAUGGACCUGGACAAUCUGGAAGAAGCCAAGAAAACGCUUCUUGAGGGUUUAAUGAUAUGUGAUGAAGAAGAAGUCAAUGAAGAUGAUGAUGGGCGCAGCAGGCUUCAUCAUAAUCUUGGAAGUGUCUAUUUGGAACUGCGGGAAUGGAAUAAGGCAAGGAACCACAUAGAGAAAGACAUAUUAAUUUGUAAACAGAUUGGACAUCCCCAAGGUGAAGCAAAGGGGUUCAUCAAUCUUGGUGAACUGCAUUAUCGAGUACAAAAGUAUGAUGAAGCUAUUCUUUGCUAUCAGAAGGCAAUGGAUAUUGCAAAAAGCAUGGAGGAUGAGGAUUCCUUAGUCGAUCAUAUUUCUCAGAAUGUUAAUACUGUAAAAGAAGCAUCUAAGGUGUUCGAGUCAUUGAAAAAAGAUGAGCAAAAACUCAGAAGACUGAUGAGGGCCACAAGUGAUGCUCGUGGAACAGCAAAUGAAAGAAAGUGCCUGCUAGAGCAAAACGUUUGUUUGGAUAGUCUGAUUGAAAAAUCCAGCAUGAUUUUUGCAUGGCCAAAGCAUCAAGAAUUUGCAAAAAGGAAGAAAAGAGUAGCAACUGAGCUGUGUGACAAGGAAAAACUCAGUGAUUCUUUUCUGGUUAUAGGAGAGUCUUACCAGAAACUCAGAAACUUUGGCAAAGCACGCAAAUGGUAUAUGAAAAGUUGGAAUGUCUACAGGUCUAUUGGUAACCUCGAGGGGCAAGCGUUAGCCAAGAUUAAUGUUGGUGAGGUUUUGGAUUCUUCGGGUGACUGGGUUGGAGCACUGGAGGCAUUUGAGGAAGGUUAUAGAAUAUCAGUCAAAGGGAACUUACUUUCUGUACAAUUAUCAGCACUUGAUAACAUGCAUUAUAGUCAUAUGAUCAGAUUUGACAAUGUUGAAGAAGCCAGGAAAUUACAGAUUGAGAUUCAAAAUGUGAGGCGUUUACUGAAUGGAGGUGAUUUACUGAUGAGAGUGGAUCAGGAUUAUUGCUCUGAAACUGAAACAGAGGGCGUUGUUGCAUCUGAUCCUACACCUAUUGAAUGUGAUUCCUGGGAUAUUAAUAAUCCUGCAGCUUUUGAAGUUAAGCUAAGUGCUGUCACUGAUGAUGAACUUGAUGAUGAUGUUCCUUUGAGAAUGAUUGCUCAGAAAUGCAAAAAAUCAUCCAAGAUGGAGAUGUCUUCAUUAAACACAAAAGCCAAAUCAGCAAAUAGUUUGGGUGAGGGUUCAUCUGGAAAUUUAACCAACCACCAGUCUCUUGGUCGCAAGCGUGUUCGUGUGGUUAUUUCCGACGGGGAAGAUGAAGAACCUGGGCUGGUGCAACAACCAAGAAAAAUGAACCAUGGGAAACCUAUUGAGGAUGUGGCUACUUCUUGUGGAGAUAUCAAGCUGGAUGAAAUAGGUGGUUUUAGUGUUGGGCAGGUUGAAGAGAGUGCCUGUUCUUUCAAAUCAAAAAGCUCCAAAUCAAUUGCUGAUAAUGCCACAGAAUUCGGAUCUGCUAGUAAUGUGGAAAUAUCCAAUGCAUCCAAGUCUACGGCUUGUGGAUCAAAACUGCAUGUUUGUCAGACCCCCAGUGCUUGUCUAGAGGUCAAUAGUGGUGCUGGUUGUACUCUCCCAGUAGAUGAUCAUGGUUGGCCUGUACUGUUUAAAGUUGGUCGUGACUCGAUUUAUGUGGAUAUGAAUUGUUGCUUGACGGGGAACAUAUUAAACAUUGAUCAUCUUAAAGUUGAGGUGGCUUGUGCCUUCUUUCUUGGGCUCUUUGAAGAGAAGCGAUCUGAAGGUCUUGUUCCUGUGAUUCACCAGCUAGUCUGCUGUGGGAAAGAUCUACGCUCUCAGGAAACAACCGAAGAUAUGAAAAACCUACUUUCGCAAAAGGUUUGCAUUGAAGUUGUUAUAAGUGAAUGGGUGCCAAAACGCCUUAUGAAGUUGUAUAUGGAUUUCUGUGAUAAGUCGACUGAAGCACCUAGUCAUAAGUUGCUGAAAAAAUUGUAUAAUUUGGAGGUUUCAGAAGAUGAAGUCAUUGUAUCAGAUUGUGCCUUACAGGAUAGAUCAAUACUGUCUUUCUUACAUGCACUUGAGGUCCACAAAACAGUUGCACUAUUAGACAUUUCUCAUAAUUCCUUAGGAAACGAGACAAUGGAAAAAAUCCAACAAAUUUUUACCUCUUCAAACCAAAAAUAUGGUGGUCUAACUCUGGAUUUGCAUUGCAAUCGGUUUGGUCCAACUGCUUUAUUCCAGAUAUGUGAAUGCCCAGUCAUGUUCAAACGUCUUGAAGUGCUUAAUCUAUCUCAGAAUCGUCUCACAGAUGCUUGCAGUUCAUACCUUUCUACCAUCCUUGAAAAUUGCCAAGCACUCUACAACUUGAAAAUAGAACAAUGCUCUUUAACGUCUAGAACAAUUCAGAAGCUCGCAGACUGCUUGCAUGGUGGAUCUGUGCUUUCACAUCUUUCGAUAGGAAAGAAUAAUCCUAUAUCUGCAAAUACGAUGGUUAAUCUGCUCUCCAAACUUUCAUCUUUGAAAUGUUUCUCAGAACUAAGUCUUACUGGUAUAAGGUUAAACAAGCCUGUAGUAGACGGGCUUUGCCAUCUUGCCAAGUCAUCCAGUUUUUCUGCAUUGUUUCUUGGAGGAACCUGUAUGGGAGCUGACGGGGCAAUGAGGUUAACUGAGGCAUUAAGUUGUGGACCACAAGAGUUGGAGAAGUUGGAUCUGUCUGUCUGUGGCAUUACCUCUGAUUUUAUUGGCAAAAUUUGUGAACAUAUUGUUCAGAUUAAUGGUAUUGUAGAGCUGAAUCUUGGAGGAAAUUCCAUUGGUGAUGAGGGUUGCUAUGCGUUGGAAUGCAUGCUUUCUGAUCCACAAUGCAGUGUCAAAUCUCUUAUUCUGGACAGAUGCCAUCUUGGGCUUGGUGGAAUACUUCGAAUUAUUGUUGCUUUAGCAGGAAAUGAAUCUUUGGAAGAACUCCAUCUUGUCGAAAACGUCGAUAUUGCCAUUGAGAGAGCUUUAGAGUACCAACCUAAGACAGACACACCUGCAACAUCAAAGACCGUCUGCAAUACUAACAGGGAGCUUGAAGUUGCCGACAGCGAAGACGAGGAGGCUUCAAAGGAUGGUGCUGGCAAGCAAAAUCCUUCGAUAUGCUUUCCUCUGAUUCAGGAGCUAUCGGUUGGGAUAGAUGCAGCAAAGCAGCUUCAAUUGCUUGAUCUAAGCAAGAAUGGAUUCUCGACUGAAGCAAUAGAGAGCUUGUGCUUGUCCUGGUCUUCAGCAAGAUCAAGAUGUAGUCAAGUGGCUUAUAAGCAUCACAAUCAGGAGGAUCAAACCUUACAUUUUUCUGUAGUAGGAAGGAGGUGUUGUGGUGUUAGGAGCUGUUGCAAGAGAGACUGAUGGGCUUAGGGUUUACAUUUUUGUAUCUUUUUGUUGAAAAUGGGCAGAGGCGGAUGUGUAUUUAGAUUAUAAGAUGAAUUAUGUACAAAAUGGUGGAAUAAAUGAAUUUGGCUUCACAUCUUUUGCGACA